AACCACUAUGGUGCCUUGCCCCUCCCCGCCCGGAGCGGGGCAGAACCUCACCGGCUCCGCCCGAAUGCGGGACCUGAGUGCCUCAGAGACUCCCCGGCGCGUCUGGAGAAUGAGUUGAUGUAAUCACUGGAAAAUCUUGGAUGGAAACCAAUGUGUGCUGGGUCUGGAUCAGUGAUUUGGCAAUGGUCAAAUGCCUGAUUUCCAGUGGUCUUGUGAGCAGAUCUGCGUACAGAACUGUCCUUGUAAAAAUGCACCGAGUUAAGAACGAACACAAGAGAACUGCUAUGGUAGACACAGGCUUCAUGUCAUGUUGGUUUCCAGUUUAAAAACCAGUAAGCUGGCAAUUUUAAAGGAGCAGCAACAAAGUGAUGACCAGGUGCCAAGUGCCAGCUUUCCUCAUUCAUCAGAUUCAAGAAGAAUUGGAUAAAGAAGAGGAAGAGAUGAUGGUUUUCCUGUGCCGAGACCUUGCUCCUGACUUGGCCACUGCUGAUCUUAAAGACAUCUUGGUGGCUUUGAAUGAGAGAGAGAAACUGACUCCUGUUGGCUUGGCUGAGCUGUUGUACAGAGUUAAGAGGUUUGACUUACUGAGGAGGAUCCUGAACACUGAGAAAGCAACAGUGGAAGCUCACCUUGCCAGGAGUCUCAGACUUAUCCCUGAUUACAGGGUACUAAUGGUAGAGAUAAAUGAAAAUCUGGAAAAAGAAGAAGUGGGUUCUCUUGGUUUUCUACUCAGGGAUUAUGCACCUCGUAUGAAAAUGGCAAAAGAUAAGAGUUUUCUAGCUCUUAUAAUUGACCUGGAGAAGCUAAAUUUGGUGGCUCCUAAUCAACUGGACUUGAUAGAAAACUGUUUUCGAAGUAUUCACAGGAUAGACUUGAUUAAGAAGAUUCAGAAGUACAAACACGAAGCUUCAGUGUCUUCUGUUUAUUCUCAGCCAGUAUAUGUAAAUGCUCUUCAGGCUUCUCUCCCUAAUCUCAAUCUGAUUGAUCCUCCUUAUCACUCAGGGAUUCAGAAUGAGAACACAGAAAAAUUACAAAAUGGAUCAAAUCUUUCUCUGGCAGAACCAGUUCACAUGUCCAUUCAGGAGUCAGGAUCAGUGCCACAUAAGAUGUCUGAUGAUACUUACAGAAUGCUAAGUCAACCUUUAGGAAUAUGCCUGAUAAUAGAUUGUAUUGGCAAUGACACUGAUGUCCUGGAAGAGACCUUCAGAGGCUUGGGCUAUGAAGUUCAUUGUUACAGAUAUUUAAAUAUUAACUCCAUGAAUCAAACAUUGCUUGAAGUUGCAAGGUGGCAGAAGCACAGAAAUUGUGACAGCUUCGUUUGCAUAUUGGUCAGCCGUGGAAACUCUCAGAGCAUCUUCUGUACAGAUCACGCCUUUUCUGGAUUCCCUUUGGAACAAAUAAAGAAAUACUUUACAGCAGACUCAUGUCCUGGACUCCUCGGAAAACCGAAGCUUUUUUUUAUUCAGAGCUAUGUUGUGCCAGAAAAUGAGCAAGAGUGUACCAGUCUUUUGGAAAUUGAUGGGAAAGGUGAGAAUAUCAGUGCCGAAGUCACUAUCCCUCAUGCAGCAGACAUCUUUUGGAGUCAUUGCAAGGUGGAUGUGUCUACGCUAGAACAAUCACCAACUGCAUCCUCAUAUUACCUGCGUUGUCUGGCUGAACUACUCCGUAAUCCUUAUAAAAGGAAACUCUGCAUAUUGGCUAUCCAUAUGGAACUGAACAAAAAAGUUUAUGAUUUGAAUACGACCGCUGGCCCAAGCCAACAAUACUCACUGCUGCUCCAGCACACACUGAGGAAGAAACUUUUUUUUCACACUUAACUGCUGUUAAAAAGUACAUAUCUGAAAUGGUUAGCAAGAAGCAUUUGCUAUGAUGCAAACAGUUUAAUCUUUAUGCAUUGUUAUUUCAUGCAUAUCUAAAGUGCCUGUUGCUUCCAAACACAGGAAUUUAAGCAUUUUAAUGUGCUAAGACACUAGAUUUUGUAUUUUAAUAUAGUAGUCUCUGAAAGCUUGGAUGAGAAUGGUAGCUAUUGUAUAGCUGUGAUGCAUAUCUUGCUACUGAGUACAACAGGUAAACAGAGUGGAAAGAGAUCUGAACUGCGUAGGAAAAACAGAAGUGUU